AUGGCAAGCAACUUAGAAAUCUUAUAAACAUUUGCAGGAAAGUACAAAUAGUCGUUUUUUAAGUAAUUAUUUACUUUUUCCUUAGUAUUGUUUACCAAAUGAUUUGUCAAAAUAAUUAAUCCCUGUAGAUUAGCAUUAUACUAGCUGCAGUCUAGUUUUUGUAAUUGCUUUAUUUUCCGUUUCAAUCAUAGAUAAAAUAUGCUUGGUAUAAUCACAAACUCUCAUCGUAUAUAUAAGAAUUUCUAUCAUAUUUUACAAUACUAAGAAUGCUGAUUAAUUAAAGCACAUCUUUAUAUUUAAUGGUCAUGUACUUUAUGAUUAGUAUUAUACUGCUUACAACAUUGCUUAUCAUCUUAUUAACAAUUUAGAAAAGUCUAUAUAAUCAAAAAGUUAUUAUUUUAUUUCUUGCUAAAUCAAUGCAAUUUAUAAUGAGUAUUGGAUUUGCUGAAAUUUUAAGAAUACUUUUUGGAGUAAAAUUUAUAUAUGUUAUAAUAUCUAGUAUUUACUCUGCUAACCUGAUUAAAAUGGGAUUCUAAAAAUGGUAUAUCUUAUUGAUUAAGAAUGCUGGGUAGGGGACUAUUAUUAUCAUGCAAUUUUUGUGAUUAUAUCACUUCUGCUUUUUAUAUUUGUUGUUAUAAUCUGCAGCCAACUUUUCAUCGAAUUAAGAAACAAUAAGAAAAAUACAUUUUCAUAAAGAGAAAGUAUUUCGUAUUCAUACAUAUUUAUUUAUAUAAUAUUUUCGAUGGCAUCAUAUUUUUUAUUUUAACUACCGAAAUACUCUAUUUGUGUAAUAGCUAUUUAAAAUAUUACAAGUUUUGUAUUCUUCUACAGAAUGUACUACAAAAAUCCUUUUUAUAACUAAACUGUUUAAAAAAUUUGGAUAUCAAUAAGUGGAUUAGUAUUCCAUACCAACUUAAUGUAGUUAAUGGCUUUCCUAUUUGAUCAUUUGAUUGUAUAAAAUUCUAUGUUAGGUUGGUUAAUCACUUGUCCAAUGACAAUUGUGAUUUUGUAAGGAAGACAAAAUCAGUAAAUUGAUCUCAUAAAAAUUAAUUUAGCAAGAUAUCAGUCAACAGAAAAUAUUGUAAAAGAUUGUGAAUACUUAGUAGAAUUAGCAGAUUCAUAUGAAAAAGAUCAAUCUAAGGAGAUUUAAAUAUUAGGGUUUUUGGAGAUGCACGAGUCAACUUGUUUACAAGCAAAUUGUGCUAUUAAGAUUAAUAAAAAUUUGGCUAUGAAAUUUUAAGAAAAUUCAAAAUAUACCGAUGAAAGAUUAAUUUUUAAGGAACUUAUAAACUAACUAUAUUAAAAUGGAAUAACUAAAUAUCCUUAAAGCAUUGACCUCAGAAUACAUUACAGCUAUUUCCUUUAUGAUCAAUUGGCAGAUGGAUAAAAAGCUUUACAUGAAUUAGAAAAAGCAGAAUAAUUAAAUCCUGAUUUUGGAUAAUAGUUUUAGAUUUUUUCAAUGAAAAAAACUUUAGAAGACUCAUUCUUGAAGAAUUCGUUUGGUGUUAAUACAAUUGAAUAUUCAGUUUCAAUUGAUCGAAAUAUCUAAUUUCAAUAAAAUCAGCUUAAAUAAAGGAUUUUAGAAGGCUCUUAUCAAAUGCUGUAAUUCUGGAAUUAACUAUUAGAGGAAAUUCCAAAUUUAACCAUCUUAUCAGUUCUUGGAAGAAAAGUCCUAGGAUCAAUUGAAUAGAUCAGAAAAUAAAUUACUCUAAUGUAAAAAACAAACACAUAUAAUUAUUCUACUAAAAAACUCAUAAGCAAAUUCAGUGAUUAUGUCUUCUAUAUAGGAGAUAAUAUGAAGUUUUCUUCAAUCAAUAUAAAUUAUCAAAGUGAUGAAAUCAAUUACUAAUUUAAAUUCUUGGAUUAGAAUCAUUUAUUAGGUUAAUAAGAUUUGAGUUCAUAUUCAUAACCUGUAAUAGUGUUGGAACUAUUUAGCAAUAACAAUUUAAAUUCUAUUGUAAAGAAUAUCAAUUAAGCUACUUGUUCUUUGCUCGGAUUUUCUAGAACCGAUAUAAUAGGACAUUCAAUCUGUCAAUUACUCUAAACUAAGUAAAUUGCAUAAUAUUAUAAGCUAUUCAAAGCUACACCAAUAUGUUGUGCAGAAAUAUUUUGCCUCAGAUUCAUAAGUAUAAUUAUCGGUCUUACCACAGAGAUAUUAAUUUUUCAAAACUAAGGCUUAAUAUGUCAUCUUAGCUCAAAGUGCCAGUUCCAUUCUUUAGACAGAAAAAGGAGUUUUUCAAUUCUUGAGACUGACAACAGAGUUUAAUUAUCGCAAUUAUGCCUAUAUUAUUUUUAAUGGAGAUGGGAAAAUUGAGAAUAUAUCAUCUUCAUGCAUCUCAAUUUUGAAAUUGGAUAUUCGUAAACUUUAAUUAAGAUAAUUAAAUAUAGAGUAGCUAUUUCCAAAUUUAUUAUCUAAUAAAGAAAUCUAUUUCAAUAAAAUGAAUAAAAUUGUGUAUGAGCAUCACAAAUCGAAAUUAAAAAGCAUGAAUCCUGAAGGAAAUGAAGAAGACAAGAGAAAAUAAAUUGGAUUUUAUGGUGUAAUUAUUUGAGAUAUCAGAAAACAAUUUAUAUAUCAAAAAAGCAGAAAAAUAAUAAAUAUUUGGAUACUAUUUAAAAGUGGAAUAAAUUGAUCAUAAGCCAGUAAAUAAUUCUCCUAUUUUGAAAACAAAAUAAACAACAAAACAAUUUACAUAUUCUAUUGAAUAACGUGCCUUCAUUUGUAAUACUUUAUCUUAAAUUUAGGUGGAAAUGCCAGUUCAUUAUAGGAUUCUAUCAAAGAAGAUAAUGAAAUUUAUGUAGCGCCUAAAUAGAAAACAAUAUUUUAACCAAGAUAAUAAAGUAAGAAACAGAACUCCUCUAUGAGUUAAGAUCAAAAUUAAAUGUCUUAUGGAUUUGAUAUUAAAACGUUAAGGUUGUUUUAAGGACAUAUUUAAGAGAUAAUAGAGCCAAAGGAAGAAGAGGAAGAUGAUGAGAAUUUUAGGGAAAAUACAGAGCAUUCUAAGGCAGAAAUUAUAAUUGAUAAGCAUUUAUCUAAUUAAAUCAAUACUUAAAAUGAUUUUAGUUUAUACCUGCAAAACAUAUCCUAUCCUACUUUUUUGAGAAGAUUAGUUCUCUUAAAUAACAUUUUAAUACUGGCUUUAUUUGCAAUAUCAUGUAUAAUUUAUUCAACCUUAUAUGUCACUUUUAUCAAAUUUAAAAAUGCAGUUGAGCUAGGUGCUGCAAAUAACUAAUGCUUUUCUUCUCUCUUGAAGAUUCAGUCGAACCUCUAGGAUUUGAGAGGUUGCAAUUUAAAUAUUGAAGUAUUAGAAUAUCAAAAGAUAGGAAAAGAAUUUAUUAAUAUAAACUUUUUGGAGUUAAAAAAUGAAUUGAAUCUGCUUCUUGAAUCAAACAAUCUUCUAACUUCCUCAGAUUUAACAAUUAACAAGAAUUAUCAAACAUACAUUUCUGAAUUCGAAACACCCUAAAUUUAAAUGUUCUCUUUAGAUAAUAGUUAUCAGAAUUUUACUUACUCCUAAGCAGUACAGUAAUUAAUAGCUAGAGCUAUAACAUUAAAUAAUAGCGAAUUAUCAAAAUUCGUUGACACUAAUGAAGAUUUUCAUUACUUCAUUCAUAAUACAUUCAACUCUAUUGCAAAAUAUGAAUAUGUAUCUUAAAACUACUACUUUUCAAAUAUUUACAGUUAAUUAGAUGAUUUAAAUAAAUUUGAAGAUGUAUUUUUUAUUCUUUCAUCCUCCUGUGUGCUUUUAAUAUUUUUCUUUUGCUAAUUAUACCUUCAUUCUCAUUAAUCUUACUUGAGGAAUAUAAUUUAGGCCUUUUUAGAAAUUAAGGAGCAUUCUUUAAAAUAGAUUGUUAGUAAAAUUCGAAAUUUCCUAUAGAUGCUUCAAACAACUGAUGAUGAUGAUGUAUAUUUUUAAUAUAUGUAGGUGGAUUAAUUUGAUUUAGAUUAGAAUGAAAAUUAAGAAGAACAUGAACUUGAAGAAUUAACCAAAAAAAGUAAGAAGAGAAAAUCUAAAUUCUCAUCAGAAAGUGAAAAUAAGAUUUAAAUUCGAAUGAUUUUUGUUUCGCUGUUAUUUUACUCCUACUUUUGUUAUUUGUACUUUAGUUCUACAGUAAAUAAUAAUUAUUAAAUUUUAGACCAUUAUCUCAUAAUCAAACUUACUGAUUCCACUUGUUAAUAUUACAUCUUAUAUUCCAUCAUAAUAUCGUUUGAUUGAUAACUCUAUAAAGGAGAUGCUAUAUGAUUCCAAUGCCAUGAUUAUGAAUGAAUUAAAUUCUAUAGAUAAGAUGAAUUAUGUAAUUGAUGAAAUUUAAUCCUUGGAUGCUGAAUUACAUGUUUUGAAUCAAAAAAAUGAACAAAUUUUAUCUGCAGAGUAUAUUCAACUGUUCAAUGAAAUUUAUAUUUUAAGUCCAUGCACAAUUAUUAUAGAAAACGAUUAAUCUGUUACAAAUGAAUCCUGCUUGUCAUUUAAUGAAAAAAUUCUAAAGGAUGGAUUAGCAGUUGCUAUUUCAAGUUUUUUUGAAAAUGCCUGCAAAAUGGUGUAAGAAUACUAUUAUUAUGACCCAAACGCAAUAUAUUCAAAUUUAACCUACAAUCUCAGCUCAAAUCAUAAGAAAAACUACACUUACAACAUUUUAAAUACUAGAGAAAGCAAUUAUAAUAGAUAAAUGCAAAAGGUUUUCAUAAGGAUAUGUCAUUUAUAAUUGAUGAAAGAGUUAUUAAAUUAGUUAAAUAGCUAUUUUUCCUUUCUGGCAUUUUAAUUGACCUUAUUAUUCAUGAUAUUUUGCAUCAUUGCUGUGUUUACAUACUUUUUGAUUUGGAUCCCCAUUUUAGGUAAUUUUUAUUUCGAAGCAUAAAAAAAUCUAGAAACUUUAUCUAUCAUACCAGUUGAGCAUUUAAAUAAAUGUGUAUAAAUAUAAGAAUAUUUGAAACAUCUGAAAGAGCUCAAUUAAUGA